CCUUCCGCCGGAUUCCCACGCCGGAGUCGCCCUUGGCUGCGCGCAGUCCGCGGGACCGCUGCCUUCCGGGCUGGAAGCCGCGCAGCCCUCUCAGCGCCCCAAGCCCGGGACGGCUGGGACACCGAGGUAGUCGGGCUCCCAGGGCACAAGGUCCGGCACCGAGGGACCAGGGAGCAGGGGAGGUGCCAAAGCCCCCGGUCCAGAAGGCACCUGUAAGGAAGCACCGACCCGCAGUGACGUCCUCCGCGUCGUCCUCAGACCAGCCACCGCCUCCGGAAGGUCUCAAGGGGCCGUGCUCGAGCCCACCGAGGGGUGGCGGCGCCUCGGGCUCUCGGAGGGCUGCCCCCCUCCGGCGGACCGGCACUUCCGCGUCCCAGCCCGCCCCCUGCCGGCGCCCGGGCUCCCUCCCGCUCCAUGUGCAAACUCCCCUCCACCUGGGCGCGCGCGAUGGACUCGGGACCCGGCUUCCGAAGACAGGCCGCCUGUUGGUUGGACGACUAGCGCAGGUGGGCGGGGAGUUGACCAACCCCACACACGCGCUUCUCCAUGAAGAUUCUUGAGCUUUCUCUGAAGAAAGGAGUGCAUAUGCUGCAGUGUCUCUGUGGAAGGAGCCUGAGGUCCAGCGACAGCCCAAGUGAACCCCAGCUGAAAGGGAUUGUGACAAGGUUAUUCAGCCAGCAGGGAUACUUCCUGCAGAUGCACCCAGAUGGUACCAUUGAUGGGACCAAGGACGAAAACAGCGACUACACUCUCUUCAAUCUAAUUCCUGUGGGCCUGCGUGUAGUGGCCAUCCAAGGAGUGAAGGCUAGCCUCUAUGUGGCCAUGAAUGGUGAAGGCUAUCUCUACAGUUCAGAUGUUUUCACUCCAGAAUGCAAAUUCAAGGAAUCUGUGUUUGAAAAUUACUAUGUGAUCUAUUCUUCCACACUGUACCGCCAGCAAGAAUCAGGCCGAGCUUGGUUUCUGGGACUCAAUAAAGAAGGUCAAAUUAUGAAGGGGAACAGAGUGAAGAAAACCAAGCCCUCAUCACAUUUUGUACCGAAACCUAUUGAAGUGUGUAUGUACAGAGAACCAUCACUACAUGAAAUUGGAGAAAAACAAGGGCGUUCAAGGAAAAGUUCUGGAACACCAACCAUGAAUGGAGGCAAAGUUGUGAAUCAAGAUUCAACAUAGCUGAGAACUCUCCCCUUCUUCCCUCUCUCAUCCCUUCCCCUUCUCUUCCCUCCUAUUUACCCAUUUCCUUCCAGUAAAUCCACCCAAGGAGAGGAACAUAAAAUGACAACGCAAGACCUAGUGGCUAAGAUUCUGCACUCAAAAUCUUCCUUUGUGUAGGACAAGAAAAUUGAACCAAAGCUUGCUUGUUGCAAUGUGGUAGAAUAUUCACAUGCACAAAGAUUAUCACACUUAAAAGCAAAGGAAAAAAUAAAUCAGAACUCCACAAAUAUUAAAUUAAACUGUAUUGUUAUGAGAAGGCUAAUUGUAAUGAAGACAUUAAUAAAGAUGAAAUAAAGUUAUUGCUUUAAAGGAAAGGGUUUGGAGAAUUGAACUCACAAACUGAUGUUAUAUACUAAAUAGCUUAAACUCAUGAUAAUGCUGCGAUAUGUGGUUUUGCAUUUUAUUUGGGCAUCUGGAAUUGACACACUAUUACCUUCUGCUUGCAGGACUUUUUUUGUAACCAUGAAAUUGAACAUUUCCAAAUUAUAAACUAUUCUAAUACCUAUAUAUAGCCAGGAACCAUUUAUCAUCAAGAAAAGUGUAAGAAAUUAUUUUUGAGAUGUAAUUUAACAUCGUUUUAUGUAAAAGGAAAGUCUUGUAUGGAAUCUAACAGCCUUAAUGAAUUUAAUUCUUUCACAAAAAUAAUUUCAAAUUAUCCUAGAGUAUAACAUUUUUAUCAAAGAUGUUAUUUCAGGAGUUCUUUUUUUUUUUUUUUAGUAAUUUAGGAAAAACGUUACUGUUCUAAUGCUGAAGUGACUUUUGGGAAUUCUUUGCCAGUGCCAUGUCCAGGUGGUGAGGUAUAAGUUACUUGCUCUUAGCAUUUGGUCUGAUUUUUUUUGCUUUGUGGACACCUUUGAGAGUAUAAGUGCAUGUUUUAGAAAGCUUUGUACCCCAUCUUGCGGCAGGAAAGAAAGAACAGGGGUUUUACAUAAGGAAAUAAGUCCUAGGAAAUUAGUCAACGCAAAUUGCAUUUGCCUUUGUACCUUACCACAGUCUUAUAUUGUUUUUUAAACUCUGCCAUGAAAUUUGGAGACAUGACUGUGAAAUUCCUAACUUACUGUCUUACAAAGCCAGUAGCUAAUUUGUUGCUAUAUGUAUGAUCCUCAUUUACAAGUCCAGUUUGCAAUUCAUUCGUUUCCUAGAACACAGAAGGGUACCAGUAAUACACUAAAUUUUCAAGGGGUGUAGAGAAAUAAUAUGGAAUUAGCAGCUAUGACUCCAACAGACAGGAUUGUGUGAGCAGCUUAAAGUAGCAAAAAAGAACUCAGUAUAAGAGAAGGCACAUACAUAGUUAAGAAUACUAACGUAUUUUUAAAAAUCAAGGAAGAAAUAAAUGUUAUACAAUUUGCAUUGGAAUAAAUAGAUCUAUUUAGUCCAACAAAUCAGGAGUGGUAUAGAGACAUCCAAAUUUAAAGAAAAAAAAAAACACACAAAACAGAAUGUUAAAAAAUGUAUGCAGAUUUAUGGAUAUUAUCAAUGAGAAGACAUAGCAUGUAACUUCUCCUAUAUCUCUACUGUCCAGCAUGUAUUGUUCCAAAUAUGACUCCUUAAAAUAUAUACACUUUGCAGAAGCUCUAGGCCCUCACCUCAAACCUUGCCAUUGGUUGCCGUAUUUCAAGGUCAAUAUAGUUUCCCUCACUUCACACAAUCAUUAUUCUUCAAUAGUGGACCACAUCCUUCACCAGGUAUCCUAUUUGUGUUAUCUAGAGGUUAGCAGAAAAUGAAGUGAAGCAAUUUACCUAAGCAGUUGGGAAGAACAAAUGUUGUGCAUCUAGGCAAAGAUUUUGAUGAUACAUUUGCAAGAGAUAUUUGUUUAACCAAAAUAUUUGGAUAGUAACAAAUAAAGACAUUUAAAUUUUCUAAAAAUGGACUUGCUCUUCUAGGAAAAGAAUACCCUUGGGGGAAAAAUAUAACUCUAGCUGUAUUUCUUCUUGUCACUCUUGAUUCAACUUGAUUAUAAAUACACCUGUCACUACCAAAACCAAAAAAAAAAAAAGAAAAGAAAAAAGAAAAAAUCCCAAGCACAAAGCUUAUUUUAUUUGAAAAAAAUAAAAAAGAAACUUCAACACUAUGAGACACUGGCUCUUUUAGCAUUAAAUGACUUGAGCUUUUGUGGUGAUUCACACACAUACACACUCAUCAGUAAAACUAUGGUUUCAUAAAUAACACAAUUGAUGAAAUUCAUAAAAAUCAAUUACAAUGAUGAUUUCAUGACAAAAUAUAUUUAAGUUGGUUAUGAAAAAAAUAGAGAUAUGAAUCACUAACAAAAUUCCUCCCUCUCUUUUCAGUGGCUAUUCAUCAUUUAUCAUCUAGACUCACAUUUGUCUCCUUCCUGAUAGCAGUUAAGAAAAAAUUCUAACCAUGCAAUUUGUAUAUUCUUUUUCUCCGUAUUAUGUUAGGCCAAUGUUUGCUGCAGUAAAAUGUCUUGGAAAUUAGCUUUGUCUUAUUUCCAGUUUAGUUCAGAGAAUUAAUUGGAAGCCUCAUUUCUUUUACACAUAAACCUGACAAAAAAUGUAGCUUAGAACAAAGGGUGAAUGUUUGCUUAACUACUGCUUACUUCUCAAGUACAUAAAACCUUUAAUAGAAUAAGCCAGUAUUCACUGAGUUUUUAAAAAUAUUACCAUGUAUAAACAUAUAAUAUCCAACUUCAUCCAAAAAUAUGAUUGAGUUUAAGUACUUUGUUUUUCAGGCUUAUUUCAAGUAUAAUAAUUCUUUGAUUUUCAUUGUUCUGAUUUCUGGGUCUUCAAUUCAUUCAUCACUUUUCCUUUUUAAGUAAAAUAAGCUUUUUUUUUUUUUUGAGUUGCAUUGGGAUUUUUCCCAGGAAAAACAUGGCCUUUAGGAAUGCUUUGCAAUUGGCUACGCAGAUAUAAAUUGAUAUGUUUAUCCUGAGUUCUUAUUGGAAUAAGUUUCAAAAUCAACGAAAUUAAGAAUGAAAACAAAACUUUUGAGAGUCUCACAAAAUAGCUUUCUGGUCAAUAUACCUUACUUGAUUUUUAAGCUCGCAGAAUAAAGUAUAGAAACAAAUGGAGCUGAAGUUCCAUUUGCUAAUUCAGAGAUUUUUGUGCUUCUGCAGAUUGGAGGGCAGCAAGCCAUCCUAUUCUCAUAGUAAUAGUUUUGGCUUUGAAAUUUACAUACAAAUUUAAUAGCACAUUUUUAGCCAUUAUGGAUCGGCGCAAUAAAGAGAUAUCAAUAUAAUGCAAUGUGAUGCUUUAUGGGCCUCAUUCUAAUUCAGAAAGCUUGUUUAAAAGAACUAAGACUCUUCUGUUUAAUAAAAUAGCAACAAUCUAAUAUCUAGAUUGGUGGUCCUGCGGUGCCACUAGUGGGAGAUGAGAGUAUUAAGCAGUAAAGACAAGGAAAGACUUAAAGGUUGCAUAUUGAAAAGUUUGGAAUUCCUAAUUUGGGAGCACUGAUUUCUUGGUGAAGAAGUAAGUGUGACUACAUUGCCAGUAAUUUUUUUAAAACAUAGACCCAGAAAUAGCAAAUCUAUUUCACCCUCAUACCUUAGUCUACAAGGCCUUGCUCUUGAGAAGAUUUUCCAUGAUAUUGCUUAAUUUCAUCUGCACAAGAUGAGACACAAACAUAAAAAUUCCCUGCUCAUUUUAAUACCAUAAAAGGCUGAGGUUAUUUCUCUGUCAUAAAAUUGUAAAUAGCAUUUUUUAAGUCAAAAUUACAUUUAAAACAGUGGAUUGUUCUACAAAUAUAUAUGUGUAUAUAUACAUAUGCUUCUGAAAUAAGGAUAUAUUAUAUAGAGUUUUUAUUUGAUUUGUGGUCUUUAGUCAUAGGUAAUCAAAAAUAAAGAGAUUUGAAUGCAAAACUUUAUACAUUAAUGUAUAUUUCUAAUGAUGGUACAAAUUGCCACUUUAUAAUAAAAAAGAAACAGGUGGGAAUAAUAAUCAAAGCACAUGUUCCUUCAGUACUCUGGUGAUUUUUAAUCCCCCUUGUGAUGCACAGGAAAUUAUUUUUUAGUUACAAAAAGUUAUCUUAGAAAUCUAUACUUCCCAAUACAGAUUUCAUGAUAAGUCAUAUCAAAUUGAGAAUUUGUGGUGAAAGAAUAGGAAAAGGAUGCUAGAUGCUGAUCUUUAUUUUUCAGGAUUUUUCCUGGAGCCCAAGUUAAAAAUUCAAUACUUAAAUCUAAGUUAAGUGAAAAUUAAUUAUGUUCAGAAAUUAUGUAUUGAGCUUUAGUAACAGACGGAAGCAAAAAAGAAUAUUUAACAUUAUGGUAAUAGCCUUAAAAUAAUGUAAUAAAAAUUGCAUCAUUAAAUGUUCUAUUAGUUGGAAAGAAUGAGCUGAUGUUUCUUUUCUUUGCUCCAAGUACAAUUUAAAGACAAUGACAUUCAUUUUACUCAAAAUUGUUCAAAAAGUCCAAAACAUACUCCCAUGGCUAGAAUUGUUAUUAGCUCCAAUACAAGGUUAAAUAUUACAGUCUUAAGAAAUUGACACUGAAAUGUUUAGUAAACAUGUUGUAUGAGAAACUAAACAAUGUUUCAUUUUUCCAUUAAAGCACAGAUUAUUCAAAUCAUUGUUUUCUGAGCUCAGAUUUGUAAAAUGUUUAUACAUCAUUGCCCUCCUGGAAUUAAAAACAAUUAAAAUCCUGAGAUGCUCAUGCACAUAGACGAAAUACUGGCACUUUUUUUUAAACAUUAAACUUCUUUGAGAAGUCUA